AUGUAUUUCUGGUUAGUGGAUCAUGUUUCUAAGCACCCUGAUGGAGAUCCAUGCUUUUUUGUUGCUAUUCUCUGGUCCCUUUGGCAAAGUAGAAAUAACCUGGUUUUUCAAAACAUCAAAGAAAUCAAUAUUGCUGCUCUUAUGAGGGCUAGAGACAUGUUAUUAACUAGAAAACUUAGUCUCAUUGCUUCUCCUAUGGUCCCUAUUGGUGUUUGUGAUAAAUGGAUGCCCCUACCGACUGGUUGGAGAAAAUGCGAUACUGAUGGAGCUUAUGAUGAAUUUUCUGGGAACAAUGGUGCAGGAUUUGUGAUGAGGAACUUCUCCAACACUGCCUCCUUUUGUGCUUGUAUUGUCUUUGAAGUAGAUUCUGCUGAAGAAGCUGAAGCCAGGGAUAUUUGGGCGGCCUUGAAAAAAAAUGUGGAGCAAAAUCUUACCCACCUCAUUAUUGAGAGUGAUGCUCAUAUUUUGACCAACAAAUUUUCUGCUGACCUGUUUGAUGGAGAUUCUAGAACGGAUGCUAUCUUUAAGGAUGUUCAGUUUUUCUCUUCUAGUCUUAUAGCUUGUCUGUUUACUUUUCAACCAUGUAUCUGUAAUUCUGUGGCUAACGAACUUGCCCUAUGGGCCAAAACAAACAAUUCUAUCAUGUACUGGUCUGUUUCUCCUAUUUGGAUGAUGUCGAUUGUUGAUGGGGAUCAUUAG